CUGCUGCGGGACGAGGUUCUGAACGCUUAUUGCGGUGCAGCUGGCUGCGGAUGCUGGUGCAGGUAUUGGUGCUUUUCGCCGUUCGGUUUGGAGCUAUGCGGGUUGUGGGCUCCGAGCUCACGCCUUGGGCGGACUGGGACCCAGAGCAUCCCGGGGACCAGGCGCUGCGCUGCGCUGCAGCUGCGGGGGCGUGCACUUCAGCAGCACCGCUCCCUCCCAUCCUUGCAUUCCUCCCUGUGCUCAGGUCUUGAAAACUUCGCCACCGUUGGUAUUUGAGCCAGAUAAUUUCUUGGUGUGUUUGCUCACGUGAAUGUGUGUGUGUGUGUGUGUGUGUGUGUGUGUGUGUGUGUAUGUGUGUGACCCCUUUAUUAGAUGUUUAGCAGCGUCUCUAGCUGUAUUUGUCAGAAACCUGGAUCGUCCUUCCUCCGCGAUCCUAAUAAACUGGAGGGCUCCAGGCUUUGCCAGCUGACACCUGUGGGGCAAAUUGCCGCUGAUUUUCUCUUAACCUGCGUCACAUUUUCACAGAGCCUCUAUUGAAGCAGCUGCGCAUGUCUCAGUCACUGCGGAGUCCCAGGUACCCAAAGGGAUGCCAGGUGACAUGGUGGGCCCUAAUGCAAAGAAGUAAAUGACAUCUCGGGCGCUGGGUGUUGGGUCCUGAGGUGGGUGGCUAACGCUAUGCUAAUUGCAAUAAGAGGCUAGUAUAUCUCGCCGAAUAGUGGUGCGUCUCGGGUCCUAUUUUCGAGAUGUAAGUGAUCUCUACACGCCUGUCCCCGCAGUUCCCAUUCCCAUCAUUCAUCCCAGUCAUUUAUGGGAUGAAUGAAUGCAUGCUGCACAGGCCAGGCCGUGUGCAAAAGACCAUUUAGAGAUCAAAAGGAAUUUCACACGAUGGUAAUGGCAUGACGACUGAGAAGAAUCGGAGCUUUUGUUUUUGAUAUGUUUCUUGUGAGGUUCUCAGCAACCGGUGUUGUGGUGGUGUGUUAAUGAGGGCUGACACAUGCUAGGCAAGUGUUCUAUCACUGAGCAGUAUCCAGCCUUGGUUUUAUUUUGUGUUUAUGAGUGUUUUGCCUUCUGCACUGUGCAUUUGUCAGAAAAGAGAGUGUUGGAUUCCCUGAAACUAGAGUUACAGAUGGUUGUGGGCAGCUAUGUAUGUGCCAGCAAUAGAGUCAAGGCUGGUUGCUCUGCUAGAGCAGCAAUGCUCCUCACCCCUGAGAUCCAGGAGCCCAGUUUGGAAGAGCGAGUACAGGAUCAUUAAGAGUAGGAAGGCAUCAUUCCAAGUGAUGAGGGGGUGGGAAUCUCUCUGGUGUAAAGGAUAGGGAGAGUUUGUGUGGGGUAUUUCUGUAUGGCUGCAAUGUCUGUCGGUCUACGAGGUAUCUAGGCAAAUGUUCUGUGCCCUCUGCUUUGAACUUGGUCUUCAUGGACCCUGCAAGGGCUUCCAAGCAGGGAAAUGACAGGACCAGCUUCUGAGCACUAGGAGAAGUCCUUCAGCUACAGCCCAAGAGUGGAUUGAAGACAAUUGUGCUUGAGAGAGAAGCUCUAAGGUUAAGAGCGCUUGUUGCUCUUCCAGAAGACCCAGGUUCACUUUCCAACACACACAUGGCAGCUCACAACCUUCUGUAACUUCAGCUCCAGGAAUCCAACGCUGCCUUCUGACCUCGAUGGGCACCAGGCACACUUGUGGUACACAAAACACUCAUAUGCAUAAAAUAAAUUUUAAGAUAGAGAGAGUCUAGCUUGGUUAUUUAUUAUAUGAAAAAUAAAGAGUAAGGAGGAGAAAUUUGGUAGUAAAAUGUGAAAUCGGGUUUCAGAGUUGAGUGACUGGUAGGAAAUAUGUGUUUGUUGAAAGAGGACGGGACCUGUUAAAUAGACUUGUGCCUGAAUCACUUGGAACCAGGAAGAUCUUCCAUUCAUUUUGUUUGUGAGUAGUAUUAAGUCUGAAGUAACUGUCUGCUUGUGGAGUAUAUUUAAUUAUCUUUAUUCAAUUCUUCAGUUUUUAUUCCAUAAAGAGUCUCCUUUUAAUAGACUAGUUGGUUGGGCAGAGCUUUUCUGAGCUUCUAAGUAUAUAGGUGUAGGUGGAAGAGGUGUUUGUGUAUGGGUGAUUAAGAAAAAAUGAAUGCUUUCUGAAUUAAUGUCCCAUGUAUUCAUUUAAUGUCUUCUGUUUCUUCUUGACAGCUCCUUCAAGACUGUAAAUUGGAUUCCUGGAGCCCUUGGUAGUUUGCUGAGCAUAGAUAGUACCUGUUGGCAGAUCACACUGAUACUCAGAUAGUCUAAAGAGGACUGGAUUCCUGCUGGUGAUACAAUGCAAGCUUUAGUGCCCUCAAACAUGAUGGCAGGCGUCUCCCCAGACCCUCCAGCUUUGGCUCUGAGUGAGCAAAGCAGGGUCCCUAGAGUGGAUACUCUGAGGGUCCAGGAAAGUCUGUUAAGAGGAUAUGCUGACGACCUGGAGGCUUUCAGGCAGAAGUUCAGGUGGUUUUGCUACUCACAGGACGAAGGACCCAGAAAAACCCUGAAUCAACUCUGGGACCUCUGCAAGCAGUGGCUGAGACCAGACAUUCACACCAAAGAGCAGAUCUUAGAGCUGUUGGUGUUUGAGCAGUUCCUGAGGGUUUUGCCUGGCGAGAUGAGGAUUUGGGUGAAUUCCCAGCAUCCUCAGAGUAGUGUGGAUGUGGUGGCCCUGGUAGAAGAUUUGAACCAAACACUUGAGGAAAAGGAAGGUCUUAGCACUCAGGCUUCUGCCGUUUGCAAAGAGGAGGAUUUGGGAGAAGAUGCUAUGGUGGUGGUGGUGGAGGCGGCUCCAGAUCCUGAGCCACGUGAACCUGUAACAUUUGAGGAUGUGUCUGUGGACUUCUCUAGAGGAGAGUGGAAGCUGCUGGAACCAUCUCAAAGGGAGCUGUAUAAGGAAGUGCUGCUGGAAAACUUAGGGACCCUAGACUUUUUGGGCUCUCCAGUUUCCAAAUUUGACUUGAUUUCCCAUCUGAAGUGGGUUAAGUUGCCCAGGGUACUGGAAAAAGAAAUCUCAAAAGACCCCAGACCAGGAGAGUCGGUAAAAGAGAGUGAGUCUAGAAGUGAAUUGGAUGCUUUUAUGGAAGACUUGACUUUAGAGAAAACAGUAGAGUACUGCUUCAGUGAUGGUGGUUAUGGCUUGAAGACAGAAUUCCAGAGGCGGCAUGGCAAACCCAAGACAGAUCAAGGCAAACGGAGUAGCCAUGAGAGUAGAGAGCCUGAGACAGAAGGGACCUCCUCUGGGAAGAGUGUCAAGCACACUCCUGACACUCUCAAACAUCGGAAAUCCUACUUAACAAAGAUGUCUCAGAGGUCUAAGGAAGGCAAGAAACCCUUCAGCUUUCGUUCAGCUCUUGUGAACCGCAGAGAGCUCAGUGGGGAAAAGUCCAGGAAAUGCAGUGAACGCGAGAAGGACCCACGUCGCCCUUUAUCUACUUCUGAACGUAAGAGACAUCCAAAAAUUGGUUCAUUGAGUAAGACCGAGACGUGUAGUAAGUGUGGGGUAGCCUUUACUCAAAUCUUAGGGAAUUGUAUUGAGAGCUCUCAGUGUGAAAAAUGCCGGAAGAAUUUAUUUCAAGAUGAGGCUGCAAAUAAAGACAAGGAACCUGAUACUGAAGAACCCAGUAAGUGUAGGAAGUGUGGUAAAGCCUUUGAGCCUGGUACAAAACUCUCCAUGUGUAUCGAAUGUAGAAGUGCUCACAAAGCUAGCUCCUCACUCAAGCCACAUAAAAAAACUGACAGAAAAGAAAAGCCUUACAAGUGUGAUGAAUGUGGGAAACACUUUGCCGAGUUAUCCUUUCUUACUCAGCAUCAAAGGACCCAUACUGGAGAGAAGCCCUUCGUGUGUAAACACUGUGGGAGACCUUUCAACGACAACUCAUCAUUUUAUCAACACCAGAGAAUUCACACCGGAGAGAAACCAUAUACAUGUAAGGAGUGUGGGAAAUCCUUCACUCACAGCUCUUCUCUUUCAAAACAUCAGAGGAUACACACUGGAGAGAAGCCCUAUAAGUGUAACGAGUGUGGAAAAGCCUUUAGACAGAAUUCUUGCCUUACUCGACAUCAGAAGAUCCACACUGGAGAAAAACCAUUUUUGUGUAAGGACUGUGGCUUGUCUUUCCGCCUUUUUAGUAGUAUCAUAUAUCAUCAAAGACUCCAUGCAGGAGAGAAACCCUACAAAUGUACCCACUGUGAGAAAGCUUUCCCCUCUCAUUCCCGCCUCAGUCGCCAUUUGAGAUGUCACACUGGUGCGAAACCAUACAAAUGUAAAGAAUGUGGGAAAACUUUCAGACAGAGUUCGUCGCUUAAUUCACAUAUCCGAACUCAUACUGGAGAGAAGCCCUACAAAUGUGAUUACUGUGGAGCGGCCUUUACUCGGAGCACAAUCCUCAUUGAACACGUCAAAACUCACACUAGCGCACAGUACGAAUGUAAGAAGUGUGGUAAGACAUUUAAAAGCCGUUCAGCCAGUCUUAAACAUCAGUGUACACAGUAAUCCCUAUGGAUGGAGGACGUGUGCGGGGUGGGGGUGGGGGUUAAUUCAGAUUGUGCCCUUAUUUCAAAGCUUGAAUUGUAAACUACCCAUCUCAUUGGUUAGAAGCUUCAACUUCAAUGGGUUCCCAACCAGGAAUAGACUUCUUCCCCUUUGGUCCCUCUUCUUGAGGGUGGUCAGUUUUGAUUAGACCUGGUAAAGCCAUGUUGAUGCGAAGGAAGCAUGUGAAGUGAAACGAUUCUGAGAAGCCAAACUUAAGCUUCCUUCAAGGAAUUCUCUUCUUGGUCUCCCUUUCACUGCCAUACUGGAAAAGACCAUAACUGGACUCUCAUAACCUGGGUUCCAUCCCGGUUUGCCAGCCAACCACUGUGUCACCUUAAGUCAUUUGGACCCUCUGAAUGUUAGUUUCUUUACCAGUAGAGUUGAAGAGAUGAAGACUUCUAAGUUUUCUUUUUAUCUGAUUCUCUUACACUGCAGAAAUAAUUUGAGCAUGUUUCACUCAUUGGGAUUGUCGUGUCUGGUAGACAGUUCCCUUCUUAUAGGUUAGGGAACUUCUAGAUUAGUGAGAACGUGGAAUGUUUGGUGUAGGAUCCUAGCAUGUGAAGAACAGAACAUAUCAAGGAAGCUCCAUGUAGUUUGCUUUCAGAGAAUGUUCUAAUUUGCACAAGUCACUCCAACUCUCCCAUCUUUUGAGUUUUGCCUCAGUGGAUUGACAAUCCAGAGAGCUUGUACCUAAGCCAGCUCAGUCAUAAUGGUAAUGGUUCUAGGAGAAAAAAACAAAACUAGUUGUUUAGGGCGGAUUAUCUCCCGGCAGUGAGCACAGCCUCCGCACCUCUGUAAGAAUUCUGUAUGACAAAACUCACGGGAUGUUAGGUUGAAUCAGAUUGGGGCCUUAGACUUUUUUUUUUUCUUUUCAGUUAUGGGAUGGAGUAUGUAUGUACACACAAAGCUUUCACUUAGAAAUACGGAAUUUCACGUAUUGAAGAAAGUAGAGCUUGUCUUUUAAAAUGUACAAGAGCUGACUACAUUAGUCUAUUAUUUCCACGAGUGCUCAGCUGGUCCUGGGUCGUGGUUGCCACUUUAAAUACCAUGUUUCUCUUAUAGAUGGCUUUCUUAUGGCAGGCAUGUUAUUUUUUUUUCUUUUUAUUACCAUGCCCUUUGGAUAAUACAUGCACUAAAAUCUGAAGGGACCCCACUGAUAAGUGAAAGUCAGGAAAAGAGCACAUAAGUUGUAGUCGAUAGUUUCUUUUGUGAAGUGAGACUUCAGUGGAAUGGACUAGACGGGUAUUGAUCGGUUUUCCUUAAAUUUGUCACAGACGGAAUCUUAAUUUCUAACUGGGAAAGGAACUAAAGACUGACUGAAUUAUUUUGGGUCUCAGGUCAUUAGAUUCCAGAAGGGCCUGAUUGUGGUAGAGAAAUAAGUUCCUGAAGUUGAAAUGUGAGGCAAUUGCUCAUGAAGAGAGAGCUAAAGCAGAACUCUGGCCUUAUGGGUCUGAAGAGUCUGUAGUGCUGAUCUGGGGCUCAGGAAUAUCAGGAAUAUUUGCUGAUAUAAUGUUCUUAUGUCUGAGAUGUUACCUCUGGAUAUAAGGGUGACUCCUCCUCAUCCUAAAACCCCAAAGAAUCAGACCUCAGACACAAUAAAUUGAUCAGUCUAGCUGUUGCCAAAUAGACCAAGUAAACACAUUCCUGGCAUCAAAGGAACAUGGCUUAUAUGAAUAUUUUACAUGGGCUUAGGGAUUUAUUUUAUUGAAAUAUUUAAUAAAGUUCAUAAAACAACUCUUGAGAGUUGUUCCAGAAUGUUCUAGGGAAGUUCACAAGAGGAUGUUUUUAUCCCAAGCUCAGUUGGGGAUUAGAAUCAAACUUUUUUUUUUUUUUACAAUUUUAUUAAAAUAUAGAAUACAUAUGCUUAAAACCAAGGUUUGCUAUUUGUAUGAGUUUUCAUCAGUUUUACUGAAGUACACAUUCAUUACCAUAAUCCAUUUUUCAAAACAUCACCCUAAUAAGAGUAGCCAUUGGAUACACCCAUUUAUACAUAAUUCUUGAUCUCAUCUCUGACCCCAGGUAACCAUUAACCUUGUAUUAAGAGAAUGGCCUUUUCUAGUCAUUUUAUAUUGGCCUUUGUUUCCUUAUUACCACCAUGGUUUUAGGUUUAUGCAUGUCCUAGCCUAUGUGAUUUCUUACUAUUAAAAUGUUGUGUGUUGGUGUUGAUUGCCAUUAAAUAAUAUUCUACCAUAUGAAACUUCAUCCAUGUACCUAUAAGAGGACAUUCUCUUCUUUCUCCUUAGGUGGUUGGCUAUUAGGAACAACACUGUGAAUGUAAUGUGUAAGUCUGUGUAGACAUUAAUUUUAAUUGUCUUGCUUGGUAGACAUCUACAGGUAAAGUUUCUGGGUCAUGUAAAUUUUUGUUUAGCUAUGUAGGAAACUGCCACAUUGCUUUCCAGUGUGACUACAUCAUUUUAAAUUCUGGCCAGCAGCAUGUGAAGGCUCCAUUUUCUUUACACCUAGGCCAAUCUUUAAAAAAUGUUAAGUCACCCUGAUGAGAAGCAUUUCUAUAUGCUUUUAAUAUAUGCUUUUGCAUCUCCCUGAUGGAUGACUGACAUCAUUGUCUGCCUUUCAUAUAUCUCCUCUGAGUUUUUUCAAAUUCCUUAUCUGUUUAAAAGUCAGGCUAGUUGAGUUAUAAUAAGUUCUUUUUGGUUUUUCGAGACAGGGUUUCUCUGUAUAGCCUUGGCUGUCCUGGAACUCACUCUGUAGACCAGGCUGGCCUUGAACUCAGAAAUCCACCUGCCUCUGCCUCCCAAGUGCUGGGAUUAAAGGCAUGUGCCACCACCGCCCAGCAAUAAUAAGUUCUUUAUGUACAUACAAUCCCUUAUCCAAUAUGAGCUUUCUAUCACUAUGUACUAGAGGGAAACUAUAACCCCUAAUACAAAUAUUUAUCAAUAGCUAAUAAAUUGCACAAAAGGCAUUCAUUCUGACCUAGCACCCAUGUACUUAAGUCAGUUUUUAGAUUGCCAGGUCAUCUAAGGGUUUUUAAUUUAUGGUUUAUGACUCCUCAUAAAAUUUCUUCCUAAAGCUUCAGUUAGCAUUUUUGUUUGUUUGUUUUUGUUUUUCGAGACAGGGUUUCUCUGUGUAGCCCUGGCUGUCCUGGAAUUCACUCUGUAGACCAGGCUGGCCUCAAACUCAGAAAUCCGCCUGCCUCUGCCUCCCAAGUGCUGGGAUUAAAGGUGUGCGCCACCACUGCCCGGCUCAGCUAUAGUUUUAAACAAAGACCUUGCUUUUCAUAAUGAGUUUCCAUAUAGAAAUUUCUUUUCCAUCAUUGGACAACAAAACGUCUGCCAGUGAGUUUGCUUUUAUUCUUCUUACCUUAGAAUUACUUCUGACAUAAAAAAUAUGUGUGCUGUACAACAAGCCAUGUCUGUUGCUUUUAGGUUGUACCAGUCUGUGGUGUCUAUGUGUAAAGUUAUCGCUCAUCUCCAGCCUCAUUGGAGAUGGACUCCCAUCUUCAUCUCUCCCAGUCAUCACAUUUCCACUUCCUUCCCUCACCUGACUCUCAUCACACUUAACAAAGACAAUAUGUGUCUUUUUGUGCCUGGCUUAUCUCACUUGGCAUAGAACAUCGCCAGCGUUCAAGGACAUCUUCAGGUGGACUUCCUAGCGCAGGAUGUCUUAAACUCUUGUGUGAGUCAUCUGGGUAGUGUUGAUAACAGAACACAAGGUCAUUACUUGUUCUCUGACUCGUUGGUCUCAUGAACUAAUCAUCUGCUCGUGCGCACUGAAGAACCUGAGAAUAUGUACCUGCCUCCUCUUAGGAGUCUGCUUUAGCAAACGGAGUAAGAACACUUUCAACAUGAAUCACACACCUUAACCAAGCAAUGAGGAAAAAACAAACAAACCUACUAUCACUUGCUUUAAAAGGAUAGCCCAUCUGGUCUAUACACUCAGCUCCAAUUCUGUCUUCUUGAAAGAAACUAACCUUUUUGCUGAGCUGAAAUUCCUUAACAGAUGAGAAACUUUUCUAAUAAAUCAGAAGUUUGAGAUUUGAGGCAAUGAAUUGGCUUCUCUUUGUAACUUUAGGUGUUCUUUGGGACAAUAUAAUCAAAGUUUUCCUUGGGCAAUGUCUUACACAGAUCAUCUAAAACUAUUUAAAAGAGGUAUAAAAAAGUACUUGAAAUUUUUGAAAUUUUGAGUCAACUGAUUUUUGAUAAUAGAAAUGUAUAUAUAUUCUGUGAGAAAUAUGUAAUUUGCUCAUGUUGACCUUGAGCAGAAUUGUUAGGUGGUGUGGUGUUCUCUGUUUUCAUGAGUAUCUUUCAGACUGUCAUUUUUUCCAAAGUGUUUUGAGUGGAUUGUAAUACUUGGAUUUCCUUUCCUCUAUCUGUGGUUCUCUUUGCGCGCGUGUGCAUGUGCAGGAGUCAAGCUGCCGUAUAUAACUGGCACGCUUACAAUCUGAAACAUAUUAAAAAGUCACUUAAGGUAUUUUGGUUAGAAAUUUAGAUUUCAUUUUUCUGGGUUUCGUGGAUUUUUUUUUUUUGACUAAGUUGUUGAAGAGAGACAUAUAUCUGAAAUACUGUCUUCAGUAUUGUCCACUGUGUUAUCUUUAAUACUUGAACUCUGUGUCUGCUGCUACUGCUGCUGCUGCUACUGCUGCUACUGCUGCUACUGCUGCUGCUGCUGCUGCUGCUGCUGCUGUAAAUCGCAACUGGCAUUCGUCGGUGAAUGUGCACUGGCCCCUCUUCCAGUCCCUUCUUUCCCUACUGUGAUACCGUCAGGAUGCGCUUCUGUGUCUGCACUCAAUUCUGCCUUAGAAAUAUGCCUUUGACUAAACUUUAAAUAUUUUUUCAUGUAUUUUUAACCUAUAGAAUAAUCACAUUUCCAGUAAGAAGAACUUUCAUUUAUGGUUACGAACCAUACAGAUAGCACUCUCACUUGUGCUGUCUGCAUAACAUGUUGAUGAUGUAAUCCUUUAUGAUAGCCCAGCUGGGCAGAGACAAGUGUCAUUUGUCAGUUUGUCAAUGCUGACUAGAUAGGUGAUGUAUUUGUGUGUCACUGAAAAGCGCCCGCUGCUCUUCAGUGUUCAGAGCACCCUGUACAGUGCGGUAGUUACAGUGAAUCACAGUUCCAUUAAAACAAUAAAUAAAGUUGUAUUUAAUGAA